AAUGUUCAUGAAUAUGUGGCAACUCCAGUCCCUGCACACAUCUGUUUCAUUCGCGCCAAAAGAAGUAAACAAAUUAAAAAGCAACGCGAGAUGUCAACGUUAGUAGCACAAUUAAUUUCAAAAAUGGGUCUAAAUGACGAACCAAAUGUAUUAGAAAAGACAACUGAGCUGCUGCGGUUGGUGGAGUUGCGUUCGACAAAUGUUCCACUGCAAAUCAAUGAAUAUGGGAAAAUUGUUUUGUGUGCGGAUCUCGCAUCCACCCUGCUGGACAUUGGUUUCGACAAAGAGCAGGCACUUAAGCUAUCCGGAUUGCGUAAAAGCCAUUAUGUCAACAACAAGCGCAUGUUUGAGAAAUUGCUGGAUCUCAACAAGCUGCCGAGUGUGAAUGAUAUUUGUGUGCAGCUCAGUCUCAACGAGGUUGCUCGAAAAUCGGAGGAACUCUUAACGUUGUUCAAGGAUAUUGCCAGCAACACGAUGCAGGAUGCAGAUCAUCCACAAUAUGCCGCCAUGGCUGUGUUUCAGGCAUGUCGUUUGCUCAAAAAGAAAGUGGCCAAAACAAAAAUUAUGCCAUUCAGCAAUUUACGCCCCACGCAGUGGCAACAGCUGGAACAUCAAUGGGAGCUCAUGAUUGAGAAACAUUACAAGGAAAUCAAUGUGGCCACCAGAUUGAAUGAUCAAGCUGAGGUGCUUCAGGAGAAAAACACCAUUGAAAAGAAGUGCCAAAUGCAUAAACCUGAAAUUGAAGAUUACGAAAAAUGGAAAUCUCGUAUGCUUGCGACAGCUGAGGCAAAGUUAAAACAAUUGGAAAGUGAGAGUGGCAGUCAAACAUCUUUAUAA